CUGGAGCUUCACACAAAUCUGAGAAAGAGAGUCACUCAAAGUUCUGACUUAGAAACGCAAGCUAUGGCCUCUGGUGUGUCUGCUCAGAACUGCACAGUCUCCAUGGAUCAGUUUGUGUGCUCCAUCUGUCUGGAAGUCUUCACUGAUCCAGUCACUACACCGUGCGGACACAGCUUCUGCAGGGCCUGCAUCACCCAACACUGGGACAGCUACCGAUACAACUGCCCACUCUGCAAGCAGAACUUCAGCUCAAGACCAGAGUUAAACGUCAACAUCGUCCUGGCUGGGAUGAUCAGUGAAGCUGAAAUGGAAAACAGAGAGGGGAGCAGGGUGAGCUCAAAUCCUCCAAAUGGGACAGUCAGUGUAGUCUUCAUAGCUCCAGAAAGGGUGAGCUGUGAUGUGUGUCUACAGCCAAAACUUGGAGCGGUACUGUCGUGUAUAACCUGUAAGCAAUCGUACUGUCAGAGCCAUCUCCUGCCUCACCUGACGGAUGCUAACCUGAAGAAACACCUGCUGAAGCAGCCAAAAAAACAGUCCAAAGGAGGUUCUGUUUGCGGUUGGUGUGUGUAUCUUACUUUUUUCAUUGUAUGUAUAUUUGUUUUAAAAUCCCUGGUGUCUCUAUUUUACUAAAGAGGUGGCUCUAUACAAAAUCGACUUUGUACUAUGAUAUGUAUAUAUAUAUAUGUAUAUGAGGGUGUUCCCUCAUCAAAAACAUGCCUGAAGAGGUUUUAGAUGUCAUCCAUGCAUUUUUGUGUGUUUUUUUUUUAUAGAUAAGCAAUCUUACUUUAGCUGUAAGAUUCUGUGCAAUGCUCAGUCCACAAGCCCACGACACCCAUGUUCCCACAUGACAAUUCUCCAUUAAAAACAUGAUUAAAAAAACAAAACAAAAAACUCUAUGCAACAGCUUGACAAACCUGAUACGAUGUGAAGCACUGAAGGUGGAGUGACUUGACACGGGGGCAAAGACAGGGGAGAGUCAGAGUGUCAAAAAGUAAAGUGAAACUAAUAAAACAUGUUAAUGUUUUUUCAGGGAAUAAAGCAAUACCCCCUCAUGA